AUGGCCAAAGACUUGUUUGUUGUUUCCAUAUCCACGGUUGCUUCUGAGAGUGCUUUCAGCACCGGAGGUCGGGUGUUAGAUUCUUUUAGGAGUUCUUUGACUCCUCAAACUGUUGAAGCUCUCAUUUGCAGUGAGGAUUGGUUACCAAGUUCGAGACUACCUCUUGAGGAUGAGAAUUUGGAUGAGUUGGAAGAUCUUGACAGUGCUUUUCAAACUAGUGUAUUGGAUGCCAAUAUAACUUCUGCUACAACUGGAGCUGGAAGUGCUGCUGCUAGAGCUGGAAGUGCUGCUGCCGGAGCUGGGAAUGCUGAUACAGGAGCUGGAAGUGCUACUGUUGCCGGAGUGCGAGCUUCUUCUUCGAUUGCGCCUAGUGGUGGAGAAGAUUCUAAUGAUGGAGAAAGGCAAACCGAGGAUGGGAGUACUUCUGAGGACGAGGAUAGUGAGGAGACUACGAGUGAAUGA